AUGUACUGUAUGCGCUAUUUUGUUCCGUUGCUCCUAUUACCAUUCCCCGAUGCACCACCCAUUUUUGUUAUUCUAUUUCUCAUUUCCUUUUUCCUCCACCAAAAGCCAUGUAUCUACUGUACUUUAAUAUUAAUCGCCUUAUUCUCCUCGACUUGUUACUGGGGUCAAGGAAGAUGCUGGAUUGACUUACAACAGAAUCGAUUGUUUGAUGUACGUCAAGAUUCCAAUGCAACGUUUGGACAAGGAGAAGGUUGGUGGAAUUGGAAGAUCACUUUACCCAUUGGAAAAUAA